AUGAAAUAUUUCAUUGAAAUAUUUCUUUAUAUGAUUGUUUUAUUUAAUAAAUCUACACAAAAUGAUGAAAAUAUUUUAUUAAUCAAUGAUCCAACAAAUAUUUACUAUACACCUUAUACAAUUUUAAUAUCAGAUAAUCGAGUAAAACGUGAGAAAUCUUCUUGGUUUUAUCCAACAGUAAAUCAUGCAACUAUUAUUCAUGAUCAAUGUGAUCAACAUAUUUAUAGUAAAUUAUAUAGUUGUUCGCAUUCAACAGAUUGCACAACAUUAGCAACUUGUCUUGAAUCUAUUCAUUGUCCAUUAAAUAUUAAAUCUUAUGGGAGUUUAAUACUUAAUUUACUUCAUUUACUUGGCAUCAAUAAUUGUAAUGAUAAUGAUUUAAAAUCUUCAUGUCCUUAUGAAAAACGACUUAUUAUUUUACAUAAUUUACUUACACAUUGGACUGAUAAUAAAUUGAUACAUAAUAUCGAUUAUCAAGAAGGAAAUAGUGUAGAAAUUGAUAGUUAUUGCCAUACAAUACCAAAUUUUAUAAUUGAAGUAAAAGAAGAAAUAAAAGAACAAUGUUUAAUAUAUUCCAGACAAGUUGAAGCAUUUCUUGAAAAUUAUUUAUGUUCAAUAGAAACACAUGCUGAAAUCUUACGAACAAGUACAACAACAAAUGUAUUAGAAGAACAAUUACAUUGGACAAAAUUCGAUGAAAUAGCACGAAAAGUUUCUACAAUAUCGACAAAACUUCUUUAUUUUGAUGAAGAUAAUGAUUUAAAUUUUAUUAAUUUAAAUAAAAAUUUAUUAAAUACUACAGAACAAACUGUUUAUGUUAAUGAUCAUCAAUAUUAUAAUGUUUCAUAUAUUAUUCCAAAAUCUGAAGGAAUUCCAUUAUAUUUUGUUCCAGAUAAAAAUCAAUUUACUCGUAUAAAUGCAUUUUUUGAUAGAAAUCGAUCAGCUAUUAGUAUCAAUUUAAAAUUUGAUUUUCCAUUUUAUGGACAUGGAAUUAAUAAAAUAUUAGUUGGAACUGGAGGUUUCAUCUAUACAGGUGAUUUAUUACAUUCAGCAUUAAUUGGUAGUACACAGUAUAUUGCACCAUUUAUGGCAAAUCUUGAUGUAUCCACUGGUGGUAAUCAAUCGGAAGUAAAAUAUUUUGAUAAUAGUACACAUUUUGUUUGUACAUGGAACAAUCUUUAUUUACAUGAUCAACAAGAUGCUGGUGCUUUUACAUUUCAAACAAUUUUACAAGAUAAUGGAAAUAUUUAUUUUAAUUAUAUACAAAUUCCACAAGUGAAAGUAUCGAAUUUAUAUCAUGCUCAUCGUAUUGGUCUUUCUGAUGCAUAUAUGUCUCAACAUACAACAAAUGAACAUAUUAUUCGUGUUAUAACACUCUAUGAUAAACUUAAUUUAGAUAAGGAAAAAAUAAAAAAUGGUGUUUCAGUUAUUUUUUCUAUGGAUAAUACAUGCAAUACUUUUACUGAUUGUAAAUCAUGUUUGGCAAAUCGUGGUAAACGAUAUAAUUGUUCAUGGUGCGAUGAUAUUCAAAAAUGUUCUGAUGGUUAUGAUCGUUCACGUUAUCAAUGGAUACGAGCUCAAUGUCAUCAGUUUGCUUCUGAAAACACAUGUUCAAAUAGUAUCGAAGAUACAUUUUAUACUAAUCGAUUUCUAUCAUCAUCAUCAUCUAUUACUCAUUUAAAUAAAAUUCAAUCAUAUACAUCAUCUAGACAACAUGUAGGAUUAUAUACAUUUCGUACAAUUGUUAUUACAUUAUUAAUAACUGUUUUGAUUCUUUCUUUAAUUGCUUUUCUUAUUACUUUUAUUUAUGCUUAUCGUCAUCCAACAUCACCACCUGGUAUGUGGUUACUUGAACAUCGUCCAUCGAAUUAUAUUGCUCGUUUUAAACGUUUUUCGGGGUACAAUUAA